CCAUGGACAUUUGCUGCGACCCAAACGAAGUGGAAGCCAAAUCAGCCGAGCGACAAGCCAACAAAAACGAAAAGGAAAUUAUCGAUCGAAGAGUGAAAAAGUCAUUCGACGCCUGAUUUGCUUUGGCAAAGAGGGCCCACAAAUCGGUUUUUCGCAAAAAUUCAUUUAAAUACUUCAAUUAUUCCACAAAAUCGUUGCGCAAAAUUUUAAUUAUCGAAAAUACAACGAUAAAAGUGUGUGCUAAUAUAGCUGGUGUGCUAUAUUAGUGAGUGUUGAAAGUGUAAAAAAAUUUAUUGAAUUACGGCAUCUGGUAUUCAGUAAAAGACUCAACCUGCACACACACACACCAGCAAGGAGAAGCCCAUAAUAGUAAUAGACACAUACAGCGUAGAGGAGGAGAGGAGCAACGUUAUAGCAUCAUGGCAGACAGCGAAUUCGAGGAGUUCCACAGGCCCAUCUUUGAGCCACAUCAGAUACAAACUUAUAUGAGCCCUGGCCAAAAGAAAAAUAACGCCCAUACAUUCUAUUCCUUAAUACCGAAUGACGACCUCGAGGAUUCUCCAUCUUCGAAGAGUGAUGCCUCUGAUCAGGAAGAUGCCGGCGGUGGAGAUCUUUGCUGUGAAACAACAAAACUGCAGCGUCAAGUAGAGGAUGAUGAAAUCGGUGACGGUCUUAAGGUGGUAUCGCUCUCUUCGGACGGCUCGUUGGACACAAAUGACUCCUUCAAUUCACAUCGUCAUCAUCCGUUGAAUCAUCAGGAUGCAAUUGGUGGCCUGGUUGGCAUUGGUACAGCUGCUGGCACGGGCAAUACAACCGGCACUGAUUGCGUAGUCGGUUCGCAAUUAUUACUUUCUCCCAAUACAGCUGCUGCAAUUGGUGCAACCCAGCAGCAACAACGACGUCGACGAAAAUUACCGGAAAUACCAAAGAAUAAGAAAUCUUCCAUUCUACAUCUUUUAGGUGGUGGCUAUGGGCAGACUACAUUGGCUGACGAAAUGAAUAAUGGGCGCAAUCAAUUGAAUGACAACAAUAACGCCAUCACAGGCAAUACAAUUAACGGCAAUAUGAAUGGUUUAAAUGGUGGCACCACAGUACGAAAUAAUCAACGCUCAUUUUUGACACUGAAAUGUGGUUAUCUACUAGAUGAGGACUCCAGUCCAGAUUCCGAACGUUUACAGAGUUUGGGCGAUGUGGAUAGUGGCCACAGCACAGCACAUUCCCCAAAUGAUUUCAAAAGUAUGUCACCACAAAUCACUUCCCCCGUUUCACAAUCACCAUUUCCUCAGCCAUUCGGUGGUGUGCCCUUCUCCCAACUCGAAAUGCUUGAAGCUACACAUCGUGGCUUACACAAGUUUAUACCUCGUCAUCAUGAUGAAAUCGAAAUUGAAAUUGGCGAUGCUAUUUACGUACAAAAAGAGGCUGACGAUCUCUGGUGCGAGGGUGUAAAUCUUCGCACUGGUCGGCAGGGUAUUUUUCCCUCAGCCUAUGCGGUUGAUUUGGAUUACAAUGAGUUCGAUCCGACGGUGCAACAGGUGAAGAAGGAGCGUUAUUUGCUCGGUUACUUGGGUUCGGUAGAGACAUUAGCUCACAAGGGAACCGGUGUUGUGUGCCAAGCAGUGCGUAAGAUUGUUGGUGAAUAUGGCAACUCACCAGCCGGUCAAGUGUGCAUACUGGAGGUGUCGGAUCAGGGUUUGCGCAUGGUAGACCGUUCUGGACCAAAUAAGAAGGACAAGAAACCCUGCAUCGAUUACUUCUACUCACUAAAGAAUGUCUCAUUCUGUGCAUUUCAUCCACGUGAUCACCGCUUUAUUGGCUUUAUAACGAAGCAUCCAACGGUGCAACGUUUCGCAUGUCAUGUCUUCAAGGGCUCUGAGUCGACACGACCCGUAGCCGAAGCCGUGGGUCGAGCAUUUCAACGUUUCUAUCAGAAAUUCAUAGAAACAGCAUAUCCGAUUGAAGAUAUAUACAUAGAGUAAGCUGUAAGCUAUUCGUAUUGACUGGUUCAUAAAAUGGAUGCGCUGUGUUACUACGAGUAUUGCAUAGAGAUUGCUAGUGCUGGUUUGUGGUUUACGCUUAUUUUCCCCCAAACACACGUUAACACAAAUAAAAAAAAUUAAAAAUGUUGUCUUCAACAAGUGUGAAGUGAGUACUUUUAACAGGUGAUAUGUACUCUCAAGCUCGUGUUUAUUUAAAGAAAAUAAUUAAAUUAUAUAAAAAUUGAAGUGAAACAAAAGAUACAUACAUAUAUAAAGUUUCAAAUUAUUCCAAAUUAAUUGAGCAACAACAAUUACUUAGGAGAAUAAUUAGUAAUAGUCGUUUAGUUGUCAUAGUCAGAAGUACUCGUGAAAACACACUUCGCCCGUUCUAUUGAUACAAAUAGUUUUUUAGAUUUGCGGUUGAAGAAGUAGGCUUAUUCGAAAAUUUCAACUCAAAGCAUUGAGUACCAGUACAUGAAUAUAAUAAGGCAUACAGACGAAAUAUUUACAUCAGGCAAUAUAACUUUUUUUUUAUUUUAUUUUAAUGGGCCUGCAGAUAAGAGGGAGCAGGGUCUUUAAUUUUUUCUAAUAAUAAUAAAUAAACUUUCACAAUUUAUCAUUGUAAUUAAGAUGAAAAAAAUAUUAUGUUCUAAUUUAUCCCCCUCGCAAUCAUUACCGUCCGUGGUUAUGUUAAAAAUUCAUUAGCUCAUUUCAUUGAUCAUUAAAGAAAUAUUAUAUAUUAUUAAUUGUACAUUUCUUAAACUUUAAACUAAUUUAUAAUAAAUAAGCAACUAAAUAUUAAUAUGAGUGCUAAUAUAUGUUUAUAAGUUCUUACUGACUAUGAUUAGUUGUAAGCUUCCAAUUUCUACUUAAGAUGAUAGUUUAAUAUCGGUUAAUAAAUAUUUUUGCAAUAUAAAUACAUGCACAUAUGAAAAUCAAAAUCGUUUUUUAUAACAAAUAUAGUUUUUUAAAAACAUUUCUUUCUUAUUUCUGGAACUAAAAAUUAUGAAAAUAAGAAGAAUGCUCAUUUAUUUCACCAAAAAGAUACCAAUAAUUUUUUUUAUAAUUUUCGAUAACUAAUAAGAGUGUAAAUAGUUUAGAAAAUGUGAGAGAAAUAAGUUGUAGGAAUAUGUCGCAGUCGCAAUGCGCGCUUUAGAAAUGAGUGAUAUGUAAAAGGUGUUGAAAAAUCAUUUAAAUAUAUUUAAUGUUUAAGAAGGGAACAGUGGAGCGACCUUGUGAGGAAAGCAUGUCUAAAAACUAUUUUUUUAAGCAAACUCAAGACACUUAAUGAAUUGUUGAUUUUUUCGAAAAGCACAUUAUUCUAAAAUAAACUACACGCAUUUUCAAAAACUCAACUAACACCAAACAAUAGCAAUCAAAAGUUUUCGAAGAGCUAGUACUGUUAAAACCCAAACAAAACAUACAUAUUAAAACAUAAGAAAAGAAAAAUUCAAAAACUGCAAAAAAUAUGUUUAUAUAUGCAUAUAAAAUAAUUACAGCUAUAACAGAUUAAAAUUCACCAAUAGCAAUAGGAAAUGCAGAAAUUUAGUUAAAUUUUUUUUUAAUUUUUUUGUGAAAUAUCAAACACAUUUUUCAAGGUAUGAGUUCUUCAUCUUUCAUUCCACACCACUUAUGUUUAAGUUUAUUCCUCUCUGUUUAAAUACAUUCUUGUCACUCCAAGGAAUAAUUUUUUAAAUCUUUAAACCACUAGAAUUAUAAAUUUGUUUUUCUAAAUUUAAAAUCUUUCCAUCUACGCAUUUAUUUUAGCAAAUAUGUAUGUAGCUCAACUUGAUUUCCUUGCUAUCAAAUGCACAAACACGUACACACAAAAAGCAUAUGUAUCUAAAGCUCACCAGAAUCGUUGGCGACUUCAAAACAAACAAAGAAUAGCUUUCGAAAGAUUUGAAGAUUAUAAGUCAAAUUUGUUGAUAUUUUUAGAAAGAAAAGAUGAUUUAAUUAAAUCAACUAUAUAAAACAAAAAAAAAAAAACAA